GACAGUUGUGGUGCGAGACAGUUCAGCCAGUGCUAAUCCUUGACUGUUCAGCACAACUUCGCCAUUCUUUGUCCGUGUCAGUUAAGUGGGUUACUACUAACUAGUAAUAACAUUAAGAAAAGCGCGAAUAAUAAUAAUUACCAUUGACAUCAUUAUAGACAAAAAUGGGCCUUCUUCAGAAUGGCGAUGUGGCUGUAAAAGUUAGGCCUACCCCACAAAUCGCUAUUGGAUAACUUUAUUGCAUAUAUACAACAUGGAGAUGAAUAAUUACAUGUUUAUUAUUGCUCUUUUGUUUGUUGUUUCUUAACUUUCCAUACAUUUUUGUGUCUGAGCUUUUAAAACAAAGUGUGACCCUUUUAUAUUCGCAAACGUAGUUCUACGAAAGACGGCGCUCUGAGCCUAUUUAUCUUUCCGCUCUAAUGGCAGCGCCGUUAGUGGGUAGGCGCACGUUGCUAUGCCACAAUGGAGUACACGGGCAAAGCGCGCGGAUUAAUAGAGCUAUGCAGGCUGUGGACGAGAAUAUAAAAGGCCUCGGCUGACGUUUCGACGGGCUGUGGACGUCGAGAUAAUCAAGAGGGAUCGCGAGCUGGCACGCUUUGGGGCGCUUGCAGGGCGCUUGCGGAAACACCUGAAUUACUCAUGAUGACUUGUCUUUGAAGCACAGUUUGAUUUGGGAUGUGGGGUUGGGUUUUGAGGGGGGUGGAGGGGAGUGUGACUGGGCUUGUAUACACUCAGUAUGCGAUGCCUUGAAAUAUAUUUACAUGCUGUGAUUUUUUACAAGAUCUCGUUUCCAUCAGAUGUUCAAUCCCACGACGCAUAGUGAAAACGGUCCUGUGUCCCCUUCAGAUAUGAAGUAAUGCCCGCGAGAAUAUUUUAGUGCAACUCUCUGUCCCCUUGGAGUAUCCGUACGUUCCACGUUUUAUAUAUUUAUAUCGUUGUACCCCUAACCCCCGCUGCAAAACCAGACACACAUAAUCUGGAAAUUAAAUUUUUAUGCCCCCCUCCCUCCCCUUCAUGUAUGCGAGAGUAUCGUGCCUCUACUGUACUGUUUCUCCCUAGCCAAUCACGGUGCUGCAUCUCCGAGUGAAAUGCGCCGUGCAGUUUGAACAUAAGCAGUAUGUCACCUUCGAUCGCAUAACGACGCACGCCUGGACUUCAUGUUCGGCUUGGAGGGGGACGGGCCAGACCGACCCGUGUUGAGAGAAGCGCGCCCGUGGAAGGAUCACUGUGAUUUGCGCUGAGCUAGGAGCAGGACAGGACGAGCUCCGUUACGUUAAUCACCCACCGUGGUGACCAAAAGUUUCGGAGCGUAACCUGAAUGAAUGAAUGCAAUCAGCGGGCGAAAGGUAGCCCCGUGAUUUACGCAAUCUCUGGAAGAUUUUGGGAUUCUUUGUGUUUGGUUUACUUAACAUCCGCGACGGUGAACGGAUCGGUGCGUCAUUAAACUUAAGUAUUUUUAUUUUUUUUGCCUGGCUGUUUGUGCUGGUAUACUGUGGGAUUCUCACCUUCAGUAUCUCCGAACCACAAGUAGCCAGCCCCAUUCACAGCGGUCUCGGGAUAGAGCGCGCGGCGGCGGCGGCGGCUGGAUGUAUGUAGCGGGCGGUGGGUCUGUGCUCGAGGGAGAGUAAAAGCAGAGCGGGGACCGAACGGCCAGCAGAAGUCGAGAACCCCCCCGUCACCAUUUACCCUGCGUACGGCUGCCUCGCGCUGUUACUACUGCGGACAACAUGAUUUUCCUUGGGGUGCUGCUGAACGUCUUCAUCCGUGGCAGCGUCCAGGCCUCGGCGUCCCGCCCGCUGCCCGUCAUCGACUGCCUGGAGGCGGAGCAGGGCUGCGGGUCGGACCCCGCCUGCGACGCGGCGUACCGCGUGCUGGAGUACUGCGCGGCGGAGGAGGCGGUGGCACCGCUGGGGCCCGACGCGCGGCACGAGUGCCUGGAGGCCCAGGGCGCCGCGCAGCAGUACCGCCCCCUGCUGGCCUGCAAGUGCCAGCGCGGCUCGCGGCGGGAGGAGCUGUGCCUGGGGGUGUACUGGACCGUGCGGUUCUCGCAGGGAUACGAUGAGUACGAGGCCUCCCCAUACGAGGACCUGGAGAUGGAGCUGGUGAGGAACAUCGAGAUGUCGCGGAUGGCCUCCAUAGUGGCGGCCUCCUCUCUCCCCCAGGACGGGCUGAACCAGUGCCUGAAGGCGGCGCAGGACUGCGGCCUGUACGAGAAGUGCGGCUCGCUGCGGUCCGAGUACGUGCUGGCGUGCACCAAGCGGGCGCCGGGCUCGGACCACUGCAACCGGCAGAAGUGCCACCGGGCGCUGCGCCGCUUCCUGGAGCGCGUGCCCGAGGCCUACAGCUUCGGCGUGCUCUUCUGCCCGUGCACCGACGCGCUGUGCGGCGAGCGCCGGCGCAAGACCAUCGUGCCGUCCUGCUCCUACCAGGAGAGGGACGGCAAGCCCAACUGCCUCAGCCUGCAAGGGUACUGCAUGAAGGACGAGCUGUGCAGGUCAAGGCUGGCGGAUUUCCAGCAUAACUGCCAGCCCUCCUCCCUGUCUGCGUCGGGCUGCCAGAGGGAGAGCGGGGCCGUGUGCCUGAAGGCCUACGCCGGGCUCAUCGGCACCAUCAUGACCCCUAACUACGUGAGUAACAGCAGCAUGGAGGUCUCCCAGUGGUGCGACUGCGAGGGCAGUGGGAACCAGUGGCAGGACUGUCUGCGCAUCCUGCACAUGUUCAACGCAAACGGCUGCCUGCGGAACGCCAUCAGUGCCAUGGGAAGCUCGUCUCCCCGCCCCGUAGAGAGCACCCCCCCUCCACCCCCCCGCCCCUCGCCCCGCAUUCAGCACGAUGACAUCAGCAUCAACAUCCUCCCGGAGAUCAACACUGUGGAAGAGAGUGAAGAGACGGAGGAGGAGACGCAGGAGGAGGAGGAGGAGGCGCAGCAGGAGGCGGUGGACGCCGGAGAGGAGUUCAACGUGAUCCCUCCUUACUCAGAAAAAGCCACGGAGUCAAACGUGGACAACGGGGCCGCGGGGGGGCACAGGGGGGCGUCCCGCGCCGCGACGUCCCUGCUACCGCCGCUGCUGCUGACCGCCACCUUCAGCUGGGGGUACCGGGGGUAGGGAACCCCCCCCCCCCCCCACCACCACCACCACCCCACACACCCCACCUCCAACACCACCUCUCCACUUCUCAUACACACACUCACUCAUAGUGACGGUGAGAUUUGGGAUAGAGGGAGACUGAGAGUGAUAGAGAGAGGGAGAGUGAGAGAGAUGAUGGAGAGAGAGAGAGAGAGAGAGAGAGAGAGAGAGAGUUCAGAUCGCAAAGGGUGAAAGGAAGAGUGCUCAAAGGCUAAAAAGAAAUAGCAACUCCCCUCCCUUACCGUCCCCUACCCCUUUUCCUCCUCCUCCUCUCUCUCUCUCUCUCUCAUCGCUGUCCGUCUCUCCCUCUCUCUCGCUCUCUGUCGUGAGGGUGUAGUCGUACGUCGUCAUGGUUUCUGCGUUAAAGCCCCGCCCUCUCCCCGCGCGGGUCCUGUGCGUGAGAGAGCGCGGCGGGAGCAGAACGACGGGUAAAUUGGCGGAUUGACAACUAGUAUAGGGUGAAUCGAUUGCCCCACUCAACCAUACCACCCCCCGCCCCCCCCGCCCCCGUCCGGCAUCCAAGGCUGGAGCUGGUGUCCUCCGCCUCGACGCGCUACGCCCAUCGGACAAAAAGAAAAACAUUUUAAAAAAGCAGUCUUGAUAAAUGGCGCUAACGAUGAGGGUCAAUAAUCCAUGCUCGUGUCCUGCUGUUGAUGACGCUCUUAAUUAGGAACCACGAUUGCCCUCUGAGUGUGUUGGGAGUCAGCAGUGAAUGCCAGGAAGAAGAGAGAACUUCUUCCUUCUCCAUUUUUCCUUUUCUCCCCUUUUUUCUCUUCACUUUUUCUGUCUAUCACUCCCUUUUUUCCUUCCUCCCUCCCUCUUUCCCUCCCUUGCGGUGUUUUUGACUCGUUUUUGGUUUUGUUUUGUACGCUUCUCAUCCUUGCUCUUCCUGUUCAGAGAUCCAGUCCUUUACGAGAAAUAUAAUUUGGCCAAGUGCUGCGAAAUAUAAGUCCCGAGAAUAUAAGUAAGGAGAACAUUUUUCAUAAACGGCGCAUAUUAAAACCACAGCGCCUGUGGUUUGCUUCAUAUUCUUUCUGAUGUGUGUAUUGUGAAACAUAUUUCGAAAUAUAUACGCGCAAUACAUGCAAUAUAUAUACUUAUUGUGCGACAACUGGGGGGAAAAAAACUCUCAGAAAGUGAGGAAUCGAUUUCCGUUACAUGCGCACGUCGUGUUUCCGACUUUCACGAAAAACAGUAUUUCCUACAUUUUCUCGUUUAUAUUUAGGCACGCGUUUCUUCUUCUUCUUCUUCUUCUUCUUCUUCCUCUUCCUCCCGAGAAGCCGGCCGCUGACAACGUAGCCCGUCCAGCCCAGAGCUCAUUUAUUUAGCAUCAGGAUGUGGUCUUUAAGUUACAGCAGCAGCUGUUUAGCUGGGCUGGUAGGAGGUGUGCGCUGCUAUGGCUGG